GUCAUUCCUGUCCAUCGUCAUCAUCGCUGUAGCUCGUCACAAGUCAUAGCCUUGGUCAGUCGCAUCUCCCCGUAUAAUACAUAGCUCAUACCCUCCCAGGCUCAUUAACCGACCUUUGGCCGCUUACAACACACAACGACGACGUCAUUAGAAGAACCACAAGCACAUACUCCUUUUCAGCACCGCAUCUACGACAACUGAACAUCAUGGCCGACGCACAAUUCGAGAAUGAACAAAGGACCAAGGAGGAGACGACGAAACAGACCGUCUCGCCGGUCAAGUCGUUCCUCUCGGGGGGGUUCGGGGGGAUGAGCGCAGUACUCGUCGGACAUCCUUUUGACCUGACAAAGACCCGACUACAGACCGCCGCUCCGGGGAGUUAUACGGGAGCGAUCGAUGUCGUGAAAAAGACUUUGGCGAGGGACGGGGUCAAGGGGAUGUACCGAGGUAUGGGACCCCCUCUGAUCGGAGUCACCCCGAUCUUUGCCAUUUCUUUCUGGGGUUACGAUAUGGGUAAACGGGUCAUCUACUCGUUGACGCCUAACCGGACGACUCAGGCUUUGAACAAUGUCGAACUCGCCGCGGCCGGUUUCCUCUCGGCCGUACCCACAACCCUCGCUACGGGUCCCUUUGAGCGUAUCAAGGUCCUCCUCCAGAUCCAGGGACAAGGCGCGGGUGCCGGUCCGACCUAUUCGGGACCGCUCGACGUCGUCAGGCAGUUGUACAAGGAAGGAGGGUUGAGGAGCAUCUUCAGGGGGACGGGAGCUACUUUGGCAAGAGAUGGGCCUGGGAGCGCUGCAUACUUUGUCGCCUACGAGGUGAUGAAGAAACGACUCACCCCGGCCGGAUCGACCGAUCUCUCAUUGCCCGCUGUCAUGGCCGCAGGAGCGUUUGCCGGUGUGGCCAUGUGGAGUAUCGCCAUUCCUCCCGAUGUCAUCAAAUCUCGAUUACAAUCCGCCCCGAACGGGACGUACAACGGGUUCGCGGACUGUGUGCGAAAGACGAUCAAGGCGGACGGAGUGGGCGCGCUUUGGAAAGGAUUCUCGGCGGCCAUGGCUAGGGCGGUACCAGCGAACGCCGCUACGUUUGUCGGCGUAGAAUUGUCUUUGCAGGCCAUGAACUCGCUGUGGUAGACGAAGGUGUUGUUGGGAGAUUGUGCGCAUGCAAGCAAGGAACUGGGAACGUUUGUGUGGCGGAAGGCGCCGGAGACCAUUGUAGAAGUCGCGCCUGAUAAUGCAUACAUGAGCGAGCAUCUUCGGAAACCCACUUUGUCAUUACACAAGGCUGUCCAGCCAGCGGCGCUGAUCAUUCCUGGAACACAUGCCGCAGAACCAGG